AUGGCACGAUUGAUGAUACAAAUUGGCCGGUGCGCGAUGAAAACGUUCAUCUCGCAAGGCAGGAACGAUUUAUUCGGCAGAACGACGCAAUCGAGAACGUCUCUCGUCGCAUUACGUUCCAUAACCACAACUCGCUGCUUGAGAGCCGAACGAUGGUACACCGAAAAACAUGAAUGGAUAACAGUGGACGGCAAAGUGGGCAUAAUCGGUAUAUCGGAUUACGCGCAGGAUGCACUCGGAGAUGUGGUGUUCGCGCAACUUCCUGACGUGGGAUCGACAGUCAAAAAAGAAGAGGAAUGCGGAGCUCUAGAAUCGGUGAAAGCAGCUUCAGAAUUGAUAAGUCCAGUCAGUGGGAAAGUUAUAGAGAAAAACGAGACGGUCGAAAAUAAACCCAGCUUAAUUAAUACAUCUUGUUAUGAAGAAGGUUGGCUAUUUAAAGUAGAGUUAAACAAUUUAGAUGAAGUCAAAAGUUUGAUGAACGAAGAGGCUUAUAAUACAUUUUUAAAAUCAGCUGCACAUUAAAUCUACAAGCUAGAAUAAUUUAUGUUAACAUAAUUAACGAUUCUGUUUAAUAUUGAAUUUAAAUUGAGUUUUUUAUAUAUUAGAAACUAUCUCGUUUUCAAAUAAAUGUAUAUAAAUAUGUACACAUAUAUAACAAUAUGAAUAAAUAAAUAAAUAAAUAAAUAAAUAAAUAAAUAUAUAUAUAUAUACAUACAUACAUACAUAUAUAUAUAUAUAUAUAUAUAUAUAUAUAUAUAUAUAUAUACACAUAUACAUAUAUAUACAUAUAUAUAAAUAUAUAUUUUUCAUUGUAUUUUUUGAAAAAUUGUUAUAAGUUAUAGCUUUGCAUCUUAAUCAUUGAAAGCAGCUGAUAUAAAUCAUUUCAUUCAAUAGUUAUAUAAGUAAUGAAAAUAAAUGUUAAUUCUUUUUAUGAAAAAUUUAGUGCAUUAAGCAAUAGCAUUUGAUGUUUUCUUAGUACAACAUGUAUGAUUAUCCAUUAUAGCAAUAUGUUAUUGAUUAUUACAUUACUGUUAUUGUUAUUAUAAAAUGCAAAUAUGUUGUAUGUUAAUGCAUGACAUGUAUAGAAUAUAGCUCCACAUAAAGAUUUAAUAUAUAAA